AUGAAAUUAUCAUCAAUACUAUUCUUAUUUAGUUGGUUAUCAUUAUCAAUUGCAUUCACAUUAACAGGAACAAUUAAGUUAAAUAAACAAAAAAUAACAUAUGGAGAAAUAGAAACUAAAGAAAUUAAACAAAUUUAUUUAAAUUCACCAAAAGAUACAAUUGAGAUCAAUUUAUCAUCAAAAGAAAUUAAUGAGAAACCAGAACAGAUAAUGUUCAGUUUAUCAGACUCAAAACAACAAAACCUUGUUACUCAUUACGUUCCAAGUGUCUCUAAUUCAAAGAUAAAAUUAUCUAUCAAAAGUGCUCAAUUACCCGAGGUUUUAAAAAUCAAAGACUCGCUAUUAUUAAAUUUAAUUAUAGCUGAUAAAGAGGUUAAAUUUACUAAAUUUUUAUUGGAAAUUAUACCAACAUCUGAAUUUAAAGAAACUAGUAACUAUAAGAGUAAAUCUAAAAUUGGUAUCCAACCUGAAAUUCAUCAUAUUUUUAAAGCUGAUGAGCUGACUGUUAAUCCUAUAAUUCCGUUAGUGUUCAUUUCCGUUGCUGUUGUUUUAUUUCUCGGUUUGGUUUCUUCUUGGGUUGGUUUCAUUGGUGUUAAUAAUUUGUUUAAAACUUUUAAAACUAUUUCAACUGGUCAAUUAUUACAGAAUGUUGCUUUUUUAAUCUCACUAAUUGGUUUUGAAUUAAAUUUUAUUAAAUAUUAUUUUGGUCAAUCUAUUUUUACUACUUUAUUUUAUGGAUUUAUUUUAUUAAUACCUAGUAUUUAUUUUGGCACUAGUGUAUUAAGAUUCUUAUCAAAAAAUCGUAAAAUUGGUAAAUAG